CCAGGGUCUUGGGCCUGUCCCACAUUGGUCGUCAGUUAUGCGACAGGCCGUUGGCGCGCGAAGAUUUCGUUCGGUACAAAAAUUUCGGAGCCCCGCGCGAUGCCGUGCACAACUACAUACCCCUCCUUAGGACCAGCCCCGCGCAGCCACACGAUGCCCUGCGCCUCAACACGACAAUGAGGUCGCGUAAUUUGCAUGCCAAGGACACGUAAGUGACAGACCCUUAAGGAGUUGGACUCUAGGAGGAGAGGAACACCCCUGUCUCCAUCAAUGAUGUGGAUGUGCAGUUUACCAGGGAGUACAAAUAACUUGGAGUGUACCUGGACAGUAAACUAGACUGGUCCAGGAAGGAUGAAGCCCUGUACAAGAUGGGACAGAGCCGGCUGUACUUUUUAAGAAGGCUCCGCUCCCUCAACGUCUGCAAUAAGAUGCUGCAGAUGUUCUACCAAUCGGUCGUAGCCAGUGCCAUCUUCUUCGCUGCUGUGUGUUGGGGGCAGCAGGGCGAAGGCUGCGGAUACCAAUAGAAUUAACAAACUCAAUAGGAAGGCUUGCUCCAUCCUGGGGGUGGAUUUGGAUUGAUGGGAAGCUGUCUUGGAGGGGAGGAUGCUCUUCAAACUGCAGAGCAUCCUGGACAAUACAGCUCACCCCCUCCAUGGCACACUAGUCAACCUGAGGAGUACCUUCAGCAACAGACUGGUUCAGAUGCAGGACAGAACGCCACAGGAGAUAUUUCUUCCCUGUGGCAAUCAUACUGUACAACUCUUCCUCCUUCUGUCGUGGGGUAGACUGAGACUGACCCCCUCCCCUCCCCCUCAAUCUUUGCACAUUCCCAAUCCUUUCCACUCGUCACUUUAAUUUCAGUUAUUUUGUGUUUUUAUGACUGGUGGCAGAUACAAGUUGUAUCGUUAACAUACUCAAGUAUUUUCUAAACAAUAAGCUUCCCAAUGAUGACAUAGCAAUGUUCCAGUGUUCAGUGUUGGCCAGGUAGUUUCCCAGUAGCUCACUUCAAUCAGGCAGUUAGACUUUGAGGGUUAGUUUCUCAGUCGGCUGUUUCAUGUUCCUUCCCAUUUAAUUUAGGAAAGCAAUGGCCUCUCAUUCAAUGACUGAUUAUAGUCAUUUUACAGUAAAUGUCAGGAACUCUGAAGCAAAAGGGGACCAUUUAAUCCUCAAACCUGUUGCACCAGUCUGUUAAUUCAACUCCAUUUACAUUUAAAAAAAAGUUGGAUAUCUACCAUUUUCACUGCACACAAUCUAAUAAUGAUUUUGGGGAUGAGAGGAUAAAAUUGGCUAAUGAACAGACCACACUAAGGAAGUGGUCAGGCUGACAAGUCACGCUUAAGGAAUGGGUAGGCUGAUGGAGAACAGCACCAAGGAGGCAGCCUUACCAACUCAAUGGGUCAGGCAGCAUCCCCGGAGAACAUAGUUAGGUGUCAUUUCAGAUUUGUAUCCUUCUUACAACCGAGGGGACUCUGCCAUGGUAAUUGCCAUAUCAACACAUACUUAACUGGCAUAUUUAAUCUACUAGCACCUGUCAAGUCUGAGUUCAUACUGAAGAAAAAUCCUUUACUGUAUCUUCCUUUAUAUUAAUAUUCCUUGAUGCCUUUUCCCCAUAUCCCUUGAAGUGUCUUUGCCGAACAAAACCUACAGAUCUGGCUUGAAAAUGUUCAGAGCUAGAAACUCAGUUUAUCUCAGACAGAGAAAGAGGGAUCUACCGUCCAGCGAGUUUGAUGAUGGCAGGUACGGGAUACUUAGUUGGAUGAUCAGCCAUGAUCAUAUUGAAUGGCGGUGCAGGCUCGAAGGGCCGAAUGGCCUACUCCUGCACCUAAUUUCUAUGUUUAAUUGUCAGAAAAAGAUGGAAUGCAUUAAUAAGGAAAUAUUAGGAUUAUUAUAGAAUAAGGAAAUAAUGAGGAUUUUUCAAAAGAUAAAAGAGUCAGCAAAGUUUUGAGAAAGAGGGAUUGUUUUUUUAGCAAAUGUAUUAGAGAUCCUUGAGGUUGUAAAUAGCAAGGUAUAGAAAGGAGAGGCAAAGGAUGUACUGUAUUUGGCUAUCCAUAAAGUACUCAAUAAGAUGACACAUUACAACUACUGUACAAAAGGUUUUGUGGGAUUGAGGAUAAUAUAAUAAUUUAGGCUGAUCAUUGGUUAACAGACAGAAAGCAAAGUAGAGAUGAUCAGUUUAUGUUCUGGUUGGCAGCCUUUAAGUAGUUGGUUUCCUCAGGGAUCAGUGUGUAAAUCAAUAUUAAUUUACAAUCAACAUUAAUUUACAAUUGUCUAUUGUCUAUAAUCUAUAUUAAUAAAUUAGAUGUAGUGUAAUUGUCAGGUGUUCUGACAAUACAUAGAUAAGUGCACAAUAACCUGUGUAGAGGACAUAAAGAGUCAGCAAAGGAAUAUAGGAAGAUUUAAUAAGGAGACAAAAAUAAAGGCUGUGUAGAGAAAUUAUCUUUUUUGCAGGGGAAAAUAGAAAAGCUGAAAAAUCUUUAACUGCAGUAAGAUUAUAAACAUUUUCAAAGCACUUUUGAUAUUGUAAAUAAUGCAGUGUCUGUAGGAGUAUAUUGGAAACGGUAUGGAGUAUUGUAAAUGUUAAGGAAGUCCUGCUAAAACGAUUGAAGGCUUUCAUGAGACGACACCUUGGUGAGACUACAUUUAGAAUAUCGCACAACAUACAAAGUACUGGACGAAUUCAGUGGGUCAGGCUGCGUCUGUGGAGGGAAUAGCCAGAUGACAAAGAUUCGGGCCUGACCCGCUGAGUUCCUCCAGCACUUUGUGUUUUACUCAAUAUUCCAGCAUUUGCAGUUUAUUGUGCCUCCUCAUAUGGUUUUUGUCCCAUCAUUUAAAUAAGGAUAUACUUUCUUGAAGAUGUUCCAGUGAAUAUUCUUUUGAUUUAUUCAUGAGAUUAGGGCUUGUCCUUUGGGGAACAAUUGAUCAGCUUGGGUUUGGAUUCAGAAGAAUGAGAGGUGAUCACAUUGAAAUAUAUAAGAUUAUGAGGGGGGAUGGAUGGAGUGGAUGAUGUGACUCACAUGCCAUUAAUACUAAUGUGCUUAGUUAAGAUUUACAACAUUAAAUUUUGGUGAGAGAGAAGUUGCUUUAUCAAUUCAGUUAUCUGGCUUCAGGUUGAAUUGUUUGUUUGUACCAAGUUCAAUUUGUACCAAGUUCAAUUUGUACCAAGAUUAUGUUAUAAACCUACGUGCAGGAAACAUUCCUUAUCUAAUUGCGGAGCUCAGAAUCAAUUUAUGUAACUGAGUGUACAGGAUUUGGCUGAUUAUGUUAAUGGCCUCUUGUAGUCCUUGGCGCAAUGUACAGGAUGGUUUAAAGUCUGUGUACAUGACAUCAAGUUGAUGAUAAACUUCCAUCUGUCUGACCUGGUGUUUCAUGGAAAAAUAUUAUCUGCUGCUUGCCUGCACCAUAGUAACAGGUUCCAUGGCCUUUUAGCAACUGCAAGCUUGUUUUUCAAUGAAAACAGCGUGAUUCCUGAAGCCAAGGUCACAUUUAGUCACCGAAAGAAACUGCGUAUAAAUAAUGUCGGGUGCAACCAGCUCAUUUGGUGCCUGUGGCGGUUAGUGUUGUACUGAGAGCUGGAGUUAAACAUCACUUUCAGCCAAAUCUUGCACAGCACAGCUCCGACAACAUUAGUUUUGUUGUGUUGAGAGUUAGAGAUUUUAGUUUCCAGAUAAAAUCAGAACUUUAAACUGCCUUGAGCUGUUAAUACCAUUACAGUGUGGCAUCAGUGCUAAAUUGAGUGUGGUUUCUGCCUGGCAGUGAGAUUAUGGCUUGUGUUAAUGUUCUGCUCAAUAAAUGCCAAUGUGUUUCUGGAGUGAGACAGAACGCAAUCUUAAAAACCAUCUUGAGCCAGCAGAGCGAUCUGAAGAUUUGCUCUGAGUUCUCGCAUCACAGCUGCCCCUGUGCAACUAGGCGGACAGUUUGCUUGAAAACUCCACAGGUUACCUGUCAGAUGGUAUCAGAUGUGCUGGUAAAGACAGUAAACUUUAUGAAGAACCUUCCUUCAUUCCACCACCUUCCCAAGGCAGAUCAAUUAUUGUUGCUGGAAAGCUGCUGGAUACAGUUGUUUCUGUUGGGAUUGGCCCAGGAGAGGGUGAGCUUCGAUGUGAUAGAGACCCCAGGCCACAGCAUGCUGAAGAGAAUCUUGCUGAAGGGGCAAGACCUGAUCAAGACAGGGGCAGAGGAAAGGAGACAGCCAACACUCGCUGGUGUACAGAGAGUAAGAAUUUGGCUGCACAAGUUCUGGUGCUUGGAUCUGAGUCAAACAGGAUAUGCAUAUCUGAAAGGAGCACUCCUCUUCAAUCCUGACCUGCCUGGACUCCAAGCACCUGAUUACAUUGAAAGCCUUCAGCGGGAAGCUCAGGGGGCACUCCAUAAGGUCCUGGAGCCCAUUCCUUCCAAGGACAACAGUCGCUUUGCUCGUGUUUUACUCACUGUCUCUGCCCUAAAAAGCAUCAGCAAUGAUCUCAUAACAGAACUCUUCUUCAGGCCAGUGAUCGGAGCAGCCGAUAUGACUGAGCUGCUGCUGGAGAUGCUUUACACCGAGUGAAGAGCAGCCACCAGCAUUUGUGCUACUCAACCGCUCACCUGAUCCACACACACAUAUUACCAACCUGACUGUGCCUCACUGCACACCCACAGCACACACACAUCAUUUGGCCUACAAUGUGGAGUGGUGCGGCCUUUCCUGGAGGCCGGCCCAGAGCUUCAAGCCGCGGGUGCGGCGCGGACUUACCAUCGUGGAGUGGGCGAUCCUUUGCCGAGGAACGCCAGCGAAAGUGCUCCGACCACGGGGCCUAUGAACUUUAACACCAUCGCGGUCUCCGGUAAGAAGAGGCCGACUCGGGAGCUCCAGGCCGCGGAGUGUUCCGAUCCGUCCCAACACUGGAGUUUCAAUCAUACCGACGCGAGGGUUUGAACAUCGGACCAUCGGCAGCGGCAAGUGCGGAGGGUUCGGCAAAGGAGGAAGAUGACUGAACUUUAUUGCCUUCCAUCACAGUGAGGAAUGUUGAUUCCACUGUGGUGGAUGUUUAUGUUAAAUUUUAUUAUUGUGGCUGUGUGUAUUGUUGCUUUUCACUUAGUAUGGCUGUAGGGUAACUCAAAUUUCAUUGUACCGUAACUGGUUAAGUGACAAUAAACGCAAACUUGAAAACC